AUCGCUGCGCAACAGUAGCUUCUAGCUGUCUAAUACGUCGCUUGAAUACGAGGCGGAUGUUUGCAAUCUUGAAAGUGGUUUAGAGUGCAUACUUGUAUUUUGCACUUUUGCUCCGAGCACGCUGCGGAGAAGGAGAAGAAACGCGACGAGUGCGACCGGGAAGGGAAGGAAAAAAAAAACUGACGUACACGACACGAGUACAUGUUUCGUCCCACCAUUGUUGUACAGGAGAUAUACUCCAUUAUUACGCGAUUGCAGAAAGUCCACGCAGAAUGUCGCCGAUUGAGUCAACGCCAGACCAGGGCUGGCCGGGACCAGAAAGCAGCUUCGGGCGGCUCGCUCGUCCGUGGCGUCCGUGCCCGUGCCUCUCUCUUUCUCCUUCUCUCCGUCUUAAAUCUCCCACUCAGUCGUCACUGCCACCACCAUCUCUACACGGCGGUCGACUCAUCUGGCGCUGGUCACUGCUAACCUGACUUUAUGUAUGUUCCAAAGGCCACGCGCGAUAGUUCAACCGUCUGCGAGGACGGUGCAGCUGAUAACGCACGUACGCGAGCUCGACACCGAGAUGGCACCGGCCCUCAGCAAAUUUGCCAGCAAACGCACCCUGGCCGGCGCGGUCGCGGUCAGCACGCUCAUCUGGAUACUAAGGAAUCGUAGCAGAAAGUCGACACAAAAGACCAAGAACCAGUGGUCUAUUAACAAUGACAUUCAGUAUGUUAUCAAGGAGGAGAAACCAAAGAGUCCCAAGGCACAGGUCAAUGCAGUCUUCUUCCGUAGGCUCUAUCAACUACUUAAAAUCGGUAUUCCUGGUGUAUUGUCGCCAGAGUUUGGCUUUCUACUUCUGGUGGCAACCGCCUUAAUUAGCAGGACUCUGUGUGACUUGUGGCUUAUCAAGAAGGGUACUUUGUUAGAAACGUCAAUUGUCAAUAUGGAUCGUCCAUUGUUCAAGCAACAUUUGCUCCAUAUGUUCAGUAUAGCACCAAUGAUAGCGAUUGUGAACAACAUACUAAAGUAUGCUAUAAGCGAAAUGAAGUUAAGAUUGCGUACGAAUAUCACGCGUAAUUUAGUGGAUCAUUAUCUUAAAGGUUUUACCUAUUAUAAAAUGAAUAAUCUGGAUAGCCGAAUCGCGAAUCCGGAUCAGCUGUUAACUACAGAUAUUGAUAAAUUCUGCGAAAGUUGUACAGAUCUUUAUAGCAAUAUUGCGAAACCUCUAUUGGACAUUGGUCUGUAUGUACACAGAUUGACAACUACUCUUGGCGGACAAACGCCACUUUUGAUACUCUCGUAUUUAGUAAUAGCUGGUACUUUUUUGACUCAUCUUCGCAAGCCUAUCGGGGCAAUGACGGUCAAAGAGCAACGGCUAGAAGGAGAAUAUCGUCAUAUCAAUUCAAGAUUAAUCGUUAACUCGGAAGAGAUAGCGUUUUAUGGAGGAAACAACAGGGAAAAAUUGACGCUGUUAACUAGCUUUCACAAACUUAUGACUCAUCUUCGUAAAUUCUUGGAAUUUAAGGCUUUGAUGGGCAUUAUAGAUAAUUACGUUGGAAAAUAUUUCGCCACCAUAGUCGGUUUCUACGCAGUGAGCAUACCUUUCUUCCAGAAGAACCACCCCGUACUCUCUGGCACGCCCGAUCAUAGAUUCAGAUCGUACUACACGUACGGCCGAAUGUUGGUGAAACUGGCCGAGGCAAUCGGCCGAUUGGUAGUGGCCGGCAGGGAAUUGACGCGUCUGGCGGGAUUCACAGCGCGUGUCACCGAGAUCAAGAUGGUUCUCGACGAUUUGAACGCCGGGAAGUACGAGCGGACGAUGGUCUCGGAUUACAAGGAGAAAGUGAUCGGUUAUCCUGGUAAAGGCAAAAUUGUGCCACGCGACAAUAUCAUACGGUUCGAUAAUGUUCCCCUAGUGACGCCGAAUGGAGACGUGCUCAUCAAGGAGCUAUCCUUCGAAGUGAAAUCAGGAAUGAAUGUGCUGAUUUGCGGUCCAAACGGUUGCGGCAAGAGCUCCAUGUUUAGGAUUCUCGGCGAACUGUGGCCGAUUUGGUCUGGAACCAUUAUAAAACCACCGCGUGGUAAACUCUUUUACAUUCCACAACGUCCUUACAUGACGCUGGGUACAUUGAGAGACCAGAUCAUAUAUCCUCACACGAAGGAGGAAAUGAAGAGACGUGGUAACGCUAAUGAUGAGGACUUGAAGAAGUUCCUAGAGCUGGUACAAUUGACUCAUCUAUUGGACAGAGAGAGUCCUGUCAACAAUGAAAAAGAGGGUUGGGAUGCAGUGGCUGAUUGGAUGGAUGUCUUAUCGGGUGGCGAGAAGCAACGUAUAGCAAUGGCUCGGCUAUUUUAUCAUAAACCGCAAUUUGCAAUUCUGGACGAGUGCACGAGUGCUGUCAGCGUCGAUGUCGAGGAUUCCAUGUACAGAUACUGUAGACAAGAGAACAUCACGCUAUUCACAGUUUCACAUCGUCGCUCCCUUUGGAAGCAUCACGAGUAUUACUUGCACAUGGAUGGCAGAGGAAGCUACGAGUUCAAGCCAAUCGAGCAAGACACGAUAGAAUUUGGAUCGUGAAUUCUUGCGUCCCUUGCACACGUGAAAACACGUUAGUAUGCAAGGGACAUCUAAUUUAGGUUUUUUUCCUUUUAGUCUAUGAUUAUUCAACAGUUUCAGCAAUUUGAGAGACGACAUUUUAUCUGUUAAUCAGUAAUUUUUAUAAUAAGUAUAAAGUACGAAACACACGACGCGAAACCGGUUAUUAAGUAUUAAAUCUAUAUAUAAUUACAUAGAUGCCUUUCUAUGCAGAAUGUACAUGCACUGUACAGAACGUAUGUAUUAUACAAAUAGACAUAUAGUAGAGAUAAACGCAACGUUGUCGCGAUCAUUUUCGGCGUUAUCGUAAAUUCCUUCGCGUAGAUAUGUAAUCUGCAAUGCA